AAAAAAUGACACAAUAUGAGUCACCGUGGUGGCAAGUGAUGAGUACCCACAAUCACAACCUUACUCCGGUACUAGCCGCCAUUUUUGUACUCAUCGGGGCCGCCGUUUUGUGGUACCGGUCGACACUUUCGAGCUCAUUGCCACCAGGUCCCCGUCACUUGCCGAUCCUAGGCUACCUUCCGUUUCUUGACCCUAACUUGCACACACACUUCACCAACAUGGCUCGGAGUUACGGUCCCAUCUUCAAGAUCUGGCUGGGAAGCAAGCUUUACGUUGUGAUCAACACCCAGGAACUAGCAAAGGUCGUGGUUCGUGACCAAGAUGAGACAUUUGCCAACCGUUCCCCCACAAUCGCGGCCUUGGCAAUGUCUUACGGUGGCCAAGGUAUUGGAUGGUCCAACAACAACUCCUCCUUGCGUAACCUUCGUAAGAUACUUGUCCACCAAGUCCUAAGUAACAAGAAUCUUGAAGAAUCUGGUUCUAUCCGAAGGGAUGAAGUUAGAAAAAUGAUCAGAAAUGUUUAUAGCAAAAUGGGGGCCAAAAUCGACAUUAACGAGAUUUCUUUCUCGAUGAUUUCCAACAUUCUAACAACCAUGGCUUGGGGAAAAGAUAACCAUUUUGGAGUUGAGUUGCAGAUUGUGAUUUCGAAGAUCGUUGAGAUGAUUGGACGACCAAAUCUGUCCGAUUUCUUCCCUUUUCUGAAAUGGUUUGAUCUGCAAGGUGUCGAGCGGGAGACUAAGAUGCACUCUAAGAACUUGGAUCGACUUUUAUCAAACAUUAUCAAUGAUCGAAUCAAAUCGAACUCCGAAAGCUUAGAUGUUGCAGCUAGGCAUGAAGGAAAGAGAGAUCUUUUACAAUUUUUAUUAGAGCUCAAGGACCAAAAGGAUACAACAUCGCUUGACAUCGACAAAAUAAAAGCACUUCUUACGGACACAAUGAUUGCAGGAACAGAAACAACAACAUCGUUAACACAAUGGGCGAUGGCAGAGAUUAUGCAUAAUCGCAACAUAAUGAAAAGGGUUCAAGAAGAAUUGGCAGAUAUUGUUGGAACAAGUAACAUCGUUGAAGAGUCGCAUCUUCCAAAACUGAAAUAUCUAGAUGCAACGAUCAAGGAAACAUUGCGGUUGCACCCUGGAGUCCCUCUUCUCAUCCCGCGGUCGCCAAGUCAGACUUGCACAGUAGGUGAAUACACCAUCCCAAAGGGUUCUACCGUCUUUGUGAACGUUUGGGCAAUCCAUCGGGAUCCUCGAAAUUGGGACAAUCCCUUGGAAUUCAAUCCCGAGAGGUUUUUGACUCGUGAGGGGAUGGAUAAAUAUGAUUUCAAGGGAAACAAUUUAAAGUUUUUGCCAUUUGGAUCAGGUAGAAGAGCGUGUCCAGGUGUUCCAUUGGCUACGAAAGUGCAAACAUAUAUCUUGGCUUCACUCUUACACUCCUUCGAAUGGAGUUUGCCCGAGGGCGAAGAGCAUGAUUUUUCCGAUGUGUUUUCCAUUGCAUUGAAGAAAAGAAAACCACUCGUCGCUGUCCCAUCUCAAAGAUUGUCUGACGUGAGCCUUUAUAUGUAAAAUCUUGUUGGACUUGUCCAUGUGGUCAAGAUGACUUAGAGACUUUGAGUUUAAAUUCCGCUCUUUCAUGGAUUCCAGUAUGUUCUGUCCAUGCUGAUCGAAUGUUUACCGAUUUCUAGUUUGGACCGUGUAUCUAUUGAAUAAGUCUCGAUCUAUUUA